CCCAGAUCCACGAAUGGGAAACUAAUUCCUAUAUCAGAAGAUCAAACCUAAUAUGAUGUAAUAAGAUAUAUAAUCAAUAGAAAAGAAAAAGGAAAAAAGAGUCAUAUCCAGCUGACGAUCGGAUUAGUCAUUUCUCCUUGCCUUUACUUAAGUUUCUCCUCAUCCCCACUUUGUCCCGUCCCCGGAUUAUACGUUUGUACCUGUGUUUACAUAUGUGCCUCUACUAAGGUACACAAUAGAAGAGAUAGAUAUGUCUGUCUCAGCCCCCAAUCAGGAUCGAGAUCGAUCAGGCAGGAGCACGCCCAUCAUCGAUCCGGGGAAUCAAUAUGAUGAGCGUACACCGCUGCUGGGAGAGCCCAGAGAGGGACGACCCCCGGCUGCUCCGUGGAGUACCGUCUGGGCCCAGAGCAAGGGCAUGGUGUUGGUGAUGCUGUCGCAGUUCUUCGGGGCUUCGAUGAAUGUUAUGACGCAGAUGUUGGAGUGGAAGGGGAAGAAUGGUGAGGGGUUGCAUCCGUUCCAGAUCCUGUUCGCCCGUAUGUCCAUCACUGUCGUGGUGAGCUACCUCUACAUGUGGUAUGCGGGGGUCCCGCAUCCCUUCGGCACGCGCCCCGUCUUCGGCCUGCUAAUGCUCCGUGCUGCCGGCGGGUUCUGGGGCGUCUACGGACUCUACUACUCGGUUCAGUAUCUCGCUCUGUCCGAAGCGACCGUGUUGACCUUCCUGGCACCCAUCCUCAGCUGCUACGCCUGCUCGUUCUUCAUCCCUAAUGAGACGUUUACAUGGAAACAGCAGGUAGCCGGUCUGGUGUCCCUGGGCGGGGUCGUCCUCAUCGCCCGGCCGUUCUCCGCCGCAUCGCCGCCGCAAACCCCGCCGGCGGGACCCGGCAUCGAGAACAGCCACAGAGGGAGCGAGGCGGACCACGUGGCCGCCACUAUCAUGGCCCUCGUCGGGGUGAUGGGCGCUUCGUGCGCCUACACGGCGAUCCGGAUGAUCGGGCAACGCUGCCAUCCGUUGGUGUCGGUGACGUACUUUUCGUCGUUCACGACAAUAGUGUCGCUGGUGGCCAUGCUGACGCUGCCGUCGGUGCCGCUGGAGCUGCCGGGGACGCCGAUGGAAUGGUCGCUGCUGGUGGGGUUGGGAGUGUGUGGAUUCUUGCUGCAGUUUCUGUUGACGGCCGGGUUGGCUUACGUGCCGCCGUCGCGGGCAUCGGAGAAAACUGCUGGGGAGGAGGAUGGUGAUGAGACCGAUGAUGAUGAUGAUGACCGGCCGCAGGAACGGUCGGCGACUUCGUCCGGAUCCCGAGCGACAUCAAUGUUGUACACGCAGAUGGUGUUUGCGGUGUUGUAUGACAAGAUGGUGUGGGGGAGUACACUGUCGAUCGUGAGCUGGAUCGGAUCGGGGUUGAUCAUCGGGAGUGCCCUGUAUGUCGCCGUGGCGCGAGAGAGGGGGCCCCGGUGA